AUGGAGGACCCCGAGAAGAAGCUGAACCAGAAGAGUGACGACAAACCCCGGAAAGUGCGAUUUAAAAUCUCCUCCUCCUACAGUGGCCGAGUUUUGAAGCAGGUCUUUGAAGAUGGGCAGGAAUUAGAGUCACCAAAGGAGGAAUACCCUCACAGUUUUCUCCAAGAGUCCCUUGAACCAAUGGAUGGUGUUUACGGGUCUGGGGAAGCCCCGAAGCCCCGACUCUACUACUCCCCUAAACUGACUGCUCAAAGGAUCAGCGUGUUCAGGGAGGGCAGUGCCUACACUUUGGCAGGCAGCCAGCCUCUCUUCAAUGACUACAAGGCGAAUGACCACAAGCCCCCACCUAUUAUAGAUUUUGGAAAGAUAAUCAUCUACACGAAUAACCUGAAAAUCAUCCGAACCCCAAUAGACAAGAGAGACUUCAUGAGAAAAAUUUUCCAGAAGGAAGAGGAGGCUGAGGAAGAGCCUCUGAUGAGCAAAGAAGAAAGUUAUGGAAACAGCAGUCAGCAUGAUGGGCCUUUGCCAGAGACGGAAAGCACGUUCCCCCAUAACCAAUAUGCACAGGAAGGGGAGCUUCCCGAGGACAACUGUUUUCACUGCCGAGGGUCGGGCAGUGCCACCUGCUCUCUGUGCCACGGCAGCAAGUUCUCAAUGCUGGCCAACAGAUUUAAGGAGUCCUACCGGGCCCUGCGGUGCCCUGCCUGCAAUGAGAAUGGCCUGCAGCCUUGCCAGAUUUGCAACCAAUAGCCCAAGGCUUCUGCAUGUCUGCUUCUAUCGUACCCUCCCUAAAGUUAUUUCUAAUAAACUGUCACCUCCUCCUCCUGCCUCUCCCAGCAAGAAAGCCACGGUGCCUGCCAUCACUUCUACCACUGGCAAAACUCACCUACUCGAUGACAUUUCAUGAGGCUGGUCAUCUCCAUGUGGGUCCAAGCAGCAGGGGCAUUUUUGAAUUAGAGUCUGCUUUGAAACUGGUUCUAAAAUUAUCCUUCCAGGAGCACGUGCAUGUAUCUCAUUUGACUUAGCUCAGUUUUCUCCUUGCGCUAGUGAACAAAUAAACGUACACUUCAGGCAGCAGAUUGAAGUAAUUUUCUGGCUGGGAGUUUUGCAAAAUUACACAGUGAGAAAGGAAUAAAAAGGUAGAUUUCUGAUGAAUCGAAAUCCCUUUGCUUAUAAUGCAUCUCAAAUCAUUGUUGGUCAAAUUGAAUUUCUAAUUAAACAGAAGAGGAAAGGGAUACCCAAUGCUGAACGCACUAGCAGGUCACUGCGAGCAAAAUAGGGUGUAAGUGAUUGGUGCUGAAGACAGCAAGACGAGGAGGCCUUUGCUUUCAAAGCCCUGAGUUGCUCCUGUGUGAUGUGCUUGGGUUGUCAUGCAGGCAGCAAGGAACCCUGCUGCUUAGGCCUAGAUGAGAUAAGACAUUUCUGCGUGCCUCUAGCUAUUGAAGUUACAAGCCAAGUCAAAGCUAUUUAUGAUAAAUUUGGUGCUUAAGUAUGUGUGUGUUAUGACUUCUUCCAGCCCCUGAAUUAUUACCAAAUAAAUAAAUCUAUCUUGAGUCUAAGGUCUAGCCAUGAUCUCUUCAUGAAGACCGAAUAUUUGAGAAGUAUCUAUUGGAAACCUCUGAAAGAAAAACUAACCAAAGGUGGCAUUUAGAAAAUUACGUUGCUACCAUCUAUACUACGUACUAAGGUUAAUUCUUUCCUCUUAAAGUUGGUUAUAAAGUUAGAAAAACACUUUUGUAAAUGAACUUUUGUAGCUCUGGCACCCACUUCCCAAAGCC